AUGAUGACUCCAAGAGACCCAAAGCCCAAGAAGAAACCGCCGAAAGAUAGCUUGACUCUGUUGCCAUGCUUCUAUUUUGUAGAGCUGCCCAUUGUGGCUUCUUCUAUGGUGUCGCUCUACUUCCUGGAGCUGACGGACCUGCUCCAGCCUGCCCAGGUAGGCUUCCGUUGCCAUGACCGCAUGCUGAGCAUGCCCUACGUUGACGGUGGAGAUGAGCUCAUCCCUCUACUCAUGCUGCUCAGCCUGGCCUUCGCUGGCCCGGCCGCGUCGAUCAUGAUGGGGGAGGGCCUGGUCUACUUCAUGCAGUCACGCCUUAAGAUCCGCCCUGGGGUGGAGGGCAGCAUCAACGCCGGCGGGUGCAACUUCAACUCCUUCCUUCGGCGAACGGUGCGCUUCGUAGGUGUCCAUGUGUUUGGGUUGUGUGCCACGGCUCUAAUGACUGAUGUGAUUCAGUUGGCCACAGGUUAUCACACUCCCUUCUUCCUGACUGUGUGCAAGCCCAACUACACACAGCCAGGGGUGGCCUGUGAUAAAAACCCCUACAUCACCAAGGACAUCUGCUCCGGUCACGACCAGCACGCCAUCGUCUCUGCCAGGAAAACCUUUCCCUCCCAGCACGCAACCCUGUCUGCCUUUGCUGCUGUGUACAUAUCAAUGUACUUCAACUCAACCAUCUCAGACAGCACCAAGCUGCUGAAGCCAGUGUUGGUGUUUGCGUUUGCCAUCGUGGCGGCGCUAACCGGUCUCACUCAGAUCACCCAGUACCGCAGCCACCCCAUUGACGUCUACGUGGGCUUCCUCAUAGGGGCCGGCAUCGCUGCUUACCUGGCUUUCCACGCCGUUGGCAACUUCAGGUCCUCCGACGACAUCAUCAUCAAGCCAGCUCCACCCCCCCAGAAGGAGGACGCCCUGCGAGCGCUGACCCAGCGGGGCCACGACUCGGUCUACAACAAAGGUGUCGCCUCAGCAUCGGAGAGCGCCGACGAGAUCGCCGCGCCGCCCUCCCUGGACCGGCUGGAGGGCAUGGGGCGGCCACUACAGCGCGAGAAGGCCUCUAUCGGGAGCUUGAAAAGGGCCAGCGUGGACGUGGAGCUCCUGGCGCCCCGCAGCCCCAUGGGCCAGCAGACCAUGGUGACCUUCAGCAACACGCUGCCCAGAUCUAGCAUGAACGCUAACGGGGGCCUGGGCGCUAACGGGGGCCUAGAGGAGCCCAUGAUGCCUACUCAACCCGUACAAAGGAGGCUCAAGGCUGUGCAAGUGCCCAUGGACCCCAUGCGCUCACAGCAGUUGGUGACGGAGUGGAAGCAGAAGUCCAUGGAGAUGCGGGGUCUGAGCCUUAGGGAUGAAGCCGAGCGAGAUGCCAGUGAGGAGGGCUCCGAAGGGGGGGAGGAAGGGUCCGAGGACGGGGGGCCACAGGCCUCGCUCUAUCCAUCUAUGGUGCAGUCCAACAGGGGAGCUUCCGCCGGUCCAAUCCCCGUCAGUGUGGGGCCUCCAGGGAGUGCCAGGGUGGUGGCAACUCCUAGACCCCCCCACAUCCCCGAGGCGGGUCCCCCGCCAGUGUCGCCCAAAAGCGCACUAACCCGCGCCAAGUGGCUGUCCAUCACAGAGAAGAGCGGUGGUGGCGGGUCGAUUCGCGGGGCACCCAACCAGCCGCGCAUCAUGCAGGUGAUCGCCAUGUCCAAGCAGCAGGGCCUCCUCCCUUCCUCCUCCUCAGGGGGCACGCCCAAGUCCUCCGAGACCACCUCCACCUCCUCCUGCACCUCCUCUACGGCCAGUGCCGAUUCGCCCCACUACCGCCCGCCCUCAGAGGCCCAGCGUGAUUCGGCCAUCAUCACCGUAGACGCCCACGCCCCCCACCACCCGGUGGUGCACGGUGGCCCGCCCCCCUGCUCGGGCAACGGGAACCCCUGGGAGUGGAGGGGCGCGUCCAACGGCAGCGACCCUCGAGACUCCUACGAGCUCAACGACCUGAACCGCGGCGACAGCGUUGGUGCUCGCAGCAGCACCGGCAGCUUCCGGCCGCACCAGACCAUCUCGCCGUGCUCCUCCACCGGCGACGGAGACGCAGAGAUGCUUCCCCCUCUGCCCCUCCCCCACGCGGAGGUCCCCCACGACGGGAGAAGCCGGGAGUCCACUUUACGACGCAAGACUGCGCUAGUCCUCCUGGAGAGGGACAUUCAAUUUCAAAACAAGAGUGAGCAGGAGAACUACUAUAAAAAAAUACAGGGUGGCCGGAGGUAUAAGGAUUAG